UCACAAGACACAAUUCAAUUCAAUUGCAACCCUUCUUUUUCUGAGUAUGAGUGGAGGAGAGGUGAAGCUGCUGGGGGUUUUGACCAGCCCUUACAAAUUCAGAGUGGAGGUAGCCCUUAAACUGAAGGGCAUACCCUACCAAUACAUAGAAGAAGACCUCUCCAAAAAAUCCCCUCUCCUUCUUCAAUCCAACCCAAUCCACAACAAGAUCCCAGUCCUUAUACACAAUGGCAAACCCAUUUCAGAAUCCCUCGUCAUUCUCGAGUACAUUGAGGAUACAUGGAAGAACAACAACAGCAACCCACUCCUCCCCAUAGAUCCCCUCGCUCGAUCCACCGCUCGAUUCUGGAUCAAGUUCAUCGAAGAAACGAUCUUGCAGACAGCGGCGAAGAGCGUGAAAACUAAAGACAGGGGCGAUAUCGAGAGGAUAAUUGGGCAAGUGGGUGAGCAGCUGAAGAUGCUGGAGAAGGAGCUGGUGGGGAGCGGGGAGGACUACUUUGGAGGGGAGAGAAUCGGGUUGCUUGACAUUGUUGCGUUUGCUAUGGCUUACUGGUUUGAUGUGAUUCAAGAAGCAAUGGCGGUGGAGGAUUCUCUGAAACUGAUGACUGAGGACAGAGUUCCUGAGCUGCUGAAAUGGAUGAGAAAAGUUAUGGCUGUGGAUGUGGUUGUGGAUUCUCUUCCUCCCAGAGACAAGCAUAUUGCUUAUGUCCGAACUCGACGCAUGAUUUCAACUUGAAAGAUCGCUUUUUUUUUUCUUCUUCUUUUUCACGCAUGCUAGUGUUAUUUACCAAUUACCAUAUAUAUUUUUCAAGCUAAAUAAAAGAUGUGGAAACUUACGAGAAAAUUAGAAGGUUUUUUUACAUAAAUAUUGUGGUUUUUUUAUAAUUCCAUAUUUUUAAUUAUUCUUGUGUGUUGCAUUUUCAACUCAUAUGAUCAAUGUGCAUGGUCACCAGAAAUGUUUUUUUUAAUGAGGGUGGUAUAGGUUUCAUUUUGUUAUCAUUAAGGUAAUAUUUAAGAUAUUCGAACCUUGAGCCUCCAGCUUCUAGGCUUGUUGCAUUACCACUAGGCCAAACCCUUGUUAGUUGGUCACCAGAAAUGUUAGAUCGUCUCCAAUAAAUGACGAAUCAAUAUGAUAUUCAAGUUUACAUUCAUUCUCAUAUUUCAGGAAAAAAAAAUCAUUACUAAUUAUAUCACCUUCUACCACCUCUCUACUAUAGCGGUGAGAGGUGACAGACUCACGGACCUUGUUAGACCAUGUUAGAUGAUUAAUAUAUUUCUAUCACCUAUCUAAACUAUGAAUUUAUAUUCAUUCUCAAUAUAUUUCAUGAAAAAAA